CGGGAAGCCCAGGGAAGGAGCAGCGAGACGCCGGGCGUGCGGCCCAGGAGCGGCGGGGCAGCUGGAGGACAGAGUGGGAACCUCAGGACCCUCGGCCGCAGCCGCCCACGCGCGGAGGGAGCCAUACCCGAGCGCCGGCGGGGGCCGGAGCCCGGCGGGGCUCAGGAACAGGGGCGCCCCCGUGCGGAGCUGCCGGGCCGCCUGGGCGCGGCGGCCGAGGCCAUGCUCAAGCCCAAGGACCUGUGCCCCCGAGCGGGUACGCGUACCUUCCUGGAGGCCAUGCAGGCGGGCAAAGUGCACCUGGCCCGCUUUGUGCUGGAUGCGCUGGACCGCAGCAUCAUCGACUGCCGCGCGGAGCAGGGCCGCACGCCGCUCAUGGUGGCCGUGGGCUUGCCAGACCCCGCGCUGCGCGCGCGCUUUGUACGACUACUGCUGGAGCAGGGUGCAGCAGUGAACCUGCGGGACGAGCGCGGCCGCACGGCGCUCAGCCUGGCGUGCGAGCGCGGCCACCUGGACGCCGUGCAACUGCUGGUGCAGUUCAGCGGCGACCCCGAGGCGGCCGACUCGGCGGGCAAUAGCCCGGUGAUGUGGGCGGCAGCGUGCGGCCACGGGGCGGUGCUCGAGUUCCUGGUGCGCUCUUUCCGCCGCCUCGGCCUGCGCCUCGACCGCACCAACCGGGCGGGCCUCACGGCGCUGCAACUGGCCGCUGCCCGCGGCCACGGGACCUGUGUGCAGGCCCUCACCGGGCCCUGGGGCCGCGCAGCCGCUGCCGCCGCGGCCCGGGGCUCCAACUCCGACAGCCCCCCUGGCCGUCCGGCUCCCGCGCCCAGCCCUGAGCGCCGAAGACCCAGCCCCCGCCGCCUACCGCGGCCUCUGCUGGCGCGCUUUGCUCGAGCGGCCGGCGGCCAUGGUCACGGCGGCGAGGCUGGUUCAGGGGGUAAGGGCUUCGGUCGGCACCGGGCGCAGGGCAGCGAGCGGCCGGAGCUGGGCCGGAGCAUGAGCCUGGCGUUGGGUGCCGUGACCGAGGAGGAGGCGGCUCGACUGCGGGCGGGAGCCCUGAUGGCCCAACCACACUCGCCCCAGUCUUCAGGGGCUGGGCGGUGGCGUUCGCAGGAGGUGCUGGAGGGAGCGCCCCCAACCUUAGUGCAAGUCCCCGUCGGCCUUAGCCCCCACCCCGAGGGCGCCCCCGGCUCUGGCCGCUUGGGUUUGCGCCGACGCUCCACAGCUCCAGACAUCCCCAGCCUGGUCGGGGAGGCACCUGGGCCCGAGAGCGGCCCAGAAUUAGAGCCCAACGCUCUGCCCCAUUCGGUGCCUGGGCCUCAGCCUUGGCAGGCGGGCACGGAGGCCGUGGUGCUGCACGCUCAGCGGUAAACAGCCUCGAGGCCGAGCCCUGCUCCCCCCACCUUCCCCCCUCUGCUCCAUUGGGAUUUCUUUUUCCCAGGUCCCUCACUUUCCUGGCAGUUUCCCACCCCCAGAUCCUAGAACCUGUCCCUACUGCCAAGGUGAGACCUCCCUCAGCCCUCUCUCCGAAAGGGACCCCUAUCUUAUUUCUUUUUUGUGCUUGUUGGUAUUCCCUGCCCGAGUCUCUCACCUUUUCUAAAGGCCUGCCGUUCCUGUCAUGGAAGCGAGGAGUAGAAGACUGGAUCCAUAGGCUACAGCUUUCCAGCUGGACCCCCUUCCCUGGGUGCUAAGGCGCACUCCUGCGUCCUUCAGGCUCCUGCCGGGUUUCCUUCCCCUUGCCGCGUUUUCCCACACCCUAGUCAGCCAGGCAGGCAGAAGAGUUG